CGCGGACUUCGACGACCACCUUAUCAUACGGACGUUUAAAACCUCCAUCCCUCCUUCAUCUCUGCCAUCCACGCCUUCUCCCCUUUCCCUUCCCUCCCCUCUUUUCUUUCCAUGUACCCAAUCUUCAGCUCCAAGCACCCACCCCACACACCACCACCAAUCCUCAGCUGAGAUCCCCAAUCCAACGGCUAACAUCCCCCCUCCCACUUGCCCUCUUCAAACCCCGUCUCUCUGCCUCGGGAAGGUUCGAAUGCCGGCGAGGUUGGUCCCAUGUAUUCCCCUCGCCGGCGUUAUCACCGCCGUCAUUCUCCUAGGCCGCCUUCCCGUCGGACGCUGCCAGGUUGGCGGCGACCGGGACGGCAGCGACUGGGUCCCGUCCGUUUCCAACCGGGUUAUGAAUCUUACCAGCGGCUUUGUGAAAGAAGCCAGCAAGAACUUGGGUUUCUGCAUCAAGGACUGGGAGAAGGACUGGAAUGGGGCAUUCGACUUCUCGGCCGAUUUGGGGUUCUUGGAGCAAUGCAUGGAAGAAACACGAGGGGAUCUCCCACAACGCUUAUGCACAGCAGCAGAAAUGAAGUCCUACUUGAGCAGUUUCUAUGAUGAUGGGGUUGGUAGUAAAUACUUGAGACCUAACAAGAACUGCAAUUUAACUUCAUGGGUUUCUGGAUGUGAGGCAGGAUGGUCAUGCAGUGCCAGCCAAGAUCAGAAUAUUAGCCUCCAAGAUGCCAAAGAUAUGCCUUCUAGAACUCUUAAUUGUCGUCCGUGUUGUCCGGGCUUCUUCUGUCCACAUGGUCUUACUUGCAUGAUACCUUGUCCCUUAGGUGCCUACUGCCCACUUGCCACACUAAACAAGACUACAGGGAUUUGUGAUCCAUGCAAUUACCAGCUACCUCCAGGAAAGCCAAAUCAUGCUUGUGGUGGUGCAGAUAGGUGGGCUGAUGUUGGAAGUAGCCCUGAAAUCUUUUGCCCAGCAGGAUACUAUUGCCCAAGCACCAUUCAGAAAUUUUCCUGCAGUAGUGGACAUUAUUGCAGGAAGGGUUCUACUUCUGAAAUAAGAUGCUACAUCAAGAGCUCAUGUAAGUCAAAUUCCGCAAAUCAAAAUAUCACUUUAUUUGGUGUUUUAUUAAUGGUUGCACUGAGUUUGUUAUUAUUGAUAAUAUACAAUUUCUCUGGCCAAAUUAUCACCAUCCACAAAAGGAAACAAGCCAAAUCUAGGGAAGCUGCUGCAAUGAUGGCUAGAAAAACUGUACAGGCUCGUGAAAGGUGGAAAAAGGCAAAAGAAAUUGCAAAGACACAUACAGCUCGGCUUCAGAAUCAAUUAUCUCAUACGUUCUCUCGCAAAAGGUCUGUUGAACGGCAAGAGGAGCUAAAGUUUCUUAGUCGAUCUCAGCAAUCACCAGCAGCAUCCACAUCAAAGAACAGUGAACCAGAUAAUGUUACUAAAAUGAUGCAUUCACUUGAAGAGUACUCUGAUAGUGAAGGAUUCAGUCUUGAAAUGGAAGAUAAAAACUUUAAGAAAAAUAUGCCUAGAGGUGAAGAAAAGCAGACUCGUACCCAAAUCUUUAAGUAUGCAUACGGUCAAAUUGAAAAAGAAAAAGCUGCGCAACAACAAAUGAACCUGACCUUUUCAGGAGUAGUUUCUAUGGUUGCUGCCAAUGAAAUCAGAACCAAGCCUAUGAUUGAGGUUGCUUUCAGAGACGUAACUCUAUCUUUGAAGGGAAAACAACUUCUGAGGUGUGUGACAGGAAAACUUAUGCCUGGCCGUGUAACUGCGGUCAUGGGCCCUUCAGGUGCAGGAAAAACCACCUUUCUUAAUGCUAUGACUGGAAGGACAACUGGAUGUGAGAUAACUGGUUUAGUUCUUAUAAAUGGAAAGGUUGAACCUAUUCAUGCAUAUAAGAAAAUCAUCGGUUUCGUACCACAAGAUGAUGUUGUCCAUGGAAACUUGACAGUGGAGGAGAAUCUUUGGUUCAGUGCAAGGUGCAGGCUUUCUGCUGACAUGCCAAAAGCGGAUAAGGUUCUAGUUGUGGAAAGAGUUAUCGAUUACUUAGGGCUGCAAGCAGUGCGGGAUUCCUUGGUUGGGACGGUAGAGAAGCGUGGAAUUUCUGGUGGACAGAGGAAACGAGUAAAUAUUGGGCUAGAAAUGGUUAUUGAACCAUCUUUGUUGAUACUAGAUGAACCUACAUCUGGUUUGGACAGUUCCUCAUCUCAGCUGCUUUUGAGAGCUCUUCGUCGUGAGGCACUUGAAGGGGUAAACAUCUGCAUGGUGGUUCACCAACCUAGCUAUACUUUGUUCAAGAUGUUCGACGAUUUGAUACUGUUGGCAAAAGGAGGUCUAACUGUGUAUCAUGGAGCAGUGGAGAAAGUCGAAGAAUACUUUGCAAACCUAGGGUUCAAUGUUCCUGAGAGAGUGAAUCCUCCAGACUACUACAUUGAUAUUUUAGAAGGCAUUACAAAGCCAGGCACAAGUAUUGCUGUUACUUGUAAAGAGCUGCCCCUCAGAUGGAUGUUGCAUAAUAGGUACGACAUACCCCCAGAUAUGCAACAUAAUCUUGAUGGAGUUGAUACAUCAGCAAGAGGUGGCAGAACAAACUCUUCUAGGGAUGGAUCUGACGGGCAAUCUGUUGUUGGUGAGGCAGGCAGAAAUGCCAAUGCUUCCCUAACCCUAAAGCAAUAUCAUAUGGCAAACAACUUCUCAAAAUUAACAGAUUUAUCUAACAGAAGGACUCCUGGUAUUUUGGUGCAGUACAAGUACUACUUGGGAAGAGUCAUGAAGCAACGUUUACGUGAAGCUAGAAUACAAGUAGUUGAUUUUCUGAUCCUGGGUCUUGCUGGAGUCUGCUUAGGAAUGCUUGCUAAAGGGGGAGAUGAAACAUUUGGGGUGCAAGGUUACACGUACACCGUGAUUUCUGUUUCUCUCCUAUGCAAGAUUGGAGCUCUAAGGUCAUUUUCACUUGAGAAGUUGCAAUAUUGGAGAGAAAGAGCAUCGGGCAUGAGUUCACUAGCUUAUUUUCUCUCAAAAGAUACAAUUGACCAUUUCAAUACAGCCAUCAAGCCUAUAACUUAUCUUUCAAUGUUCUAUUUCGUCAGCAAUCCAAGGUCAUCCAUUGCAGAUAACUAUACAAUUUUGGUUGCACUUGUGUACUGUGUAACUGGCAUUGGUUAUAUUUUUGCCAUCUGCUUCCAACCAGGUUCAGCCCAACUGUGGUCUGCUCUACUUCCUGUUGUUUUGACUUUGAUAGCAACUCGGCAGAAAAGUUCAAAGAUCCUAGCUGACUUAUGCUAUCCAAAGUGGGCACUGGAAGCAUUCGAAAUUGCAAAUGCAGAAAGGUAUUCUGGUGUGUGGCUGAUAACGAGGUGCGGUUUGCUAAUGCGAAGCGGAUAUGAUAUCAAUGAUUGGCGUCUUUGUAUAUCCAUCCUCAUUCUUUAUGGUGUGGUGUCUCGAUUCAUUGCUUUCUUGUGUUUGGUAAUAUUACAGAGGAAAUAAAGGUAUCCCAUCAACACGGUAAACUCAAAGUUAACUAUUAUUGAUAUGUCAAAGAGAUGUCCAGAUACAAAAACAGAGCUUGAAGAUUCUUCAUGUUAUUUAUACUCAUUUUCCAUCAAUCACUGUCCCUCUUGUCAAGUUUAGGGGAGCAGGGUAUGAACUUUAGUCCACUGUCCGAGCUAAGCGGUAAGAUCAUCGUUUGCUAGAUGAUACUCAUCCUCCUCAUCAGAUUUCUAACUUUCAUAGUUUCAGUCUCACUGCACAGAUUUCUAACUUUGUUUGGAUCUCUCUACAAAUUGUCUAUAGAAUCGAUUAUUCUGAAAUGAUGAGAUGAGAUGAGGAGACCUGUGAUUUCCUAAGAAUGUUAUAAUUUUUCUUUCCAUAAAUCCUUAUAAUAAGGAGAGGAAGGCGAGAAAGGAGAAAUAAUGGAUGAAAAACUUUCUUUGAAAUUUAUUCUUCAAAAUUUUGGGAUAAUAUACAUCACUUUUCUAAUAAAGUCAGUUGUUCUGAAAUAUUGAGAUGAUGACACCUGUGAUUUCUCUAGAUUGUUGCAAUUUUUCUCCUUAUAAUUCCGUUUUCUUCUCUUGUUUUCUCACUUGCGGCAAGUUAUCCAUGGAUACGUUGGGCAUUUAGCUUCUCAAAAGAACUGGUGUUGUCUCCUUUCUAGGUUAAUAUAAUUUUUAUAUUUAUCUCAAAA